UAGAGGAGGAGUUUGUGGAUACCUUUAAAACCCUGACUCUUAGUGUUUUCUGGAUCACUUCUUCUCCGUACCCUGCCUAGCCAUGAAUCCAGACACCUUAAAAAUAAAAGGAGGCUUGUCAGAGGCCAGACCUGCCACACCAGAAAUUCAGGAGGUUGCUGACAAGGUCAGACCACUGCUUGAAGAGAAAACCAAUGAGAAAUAUGAAAAAUUCAAAGCUGUUGAGUAUAAAUCUCAAGUCGUCGCUGGACAAAAUUUGUUCAUUAAGGUGGAUGUAGGGCAUGGUUGUUUCCUUCACAUAAAAGUCUUCAGUGGCCUUUCUGGAAAAGAUGAUUUGGAACUUCAGGGUUACCAGACUAACAAAACCAAGGAUGAUGAGCUGACCUACAUCUAAGCAGCAAAUUCUAAAGUGACCUGAUUCCUCUCAUUGUAAACAUAUGCAGCCAUCAAUAAAGAAACAUUCUUGAAA